AUGGUGCGCGCUGACGUCAUCCAGCCGCUGCCGGGGCUCGGCACGGCCAAUGACGUGGCGCUCGCUGAGAAGGCGGCGCUGCUGUCGCUGGCAGCGGCGCUGGGCGGGCACCCAGCGUUCCGGUGGGCGGGGUGGGGGAACCAGUCGCAGGGGCUGUCGUACGAGCACAGCAAGCCGUGCGUGCAGUUCUGGGAGUUCCUCUCCUGCGACUCGCACGGCCGCGUUUCCAGCAUAAACAUUGCCAAUCCCACUCUAGCUGUCAUCAAUGCAUCGUGGGCCAAUCAGAAGACGCCAGGUGGCUUAAAGGGGUCGAUCCCCUGGGACUCCCUGACGGUGCUGGAGCACCUGCAGGCCGUUGAUCUGUCGGGCAACUCCAUCUCUGGCCCUCCGUUCACUGCUGCCAUCUCCAAGUUCACUGCGCUGAGAGACAUCUGUCCCGCAAUGGCCUGGAUGCGCCUGUGGUGGGCGAAGUCUCUGCGCUCCUCAACCUGCAGAAACUGCGUGUCCGCCGUGACAGCCCUGGAGAUUCUCUCCCUCGCCUCCAACCAGCUUGCUGACUCGUUUCCUGCAGGGCUCUCCGCACUCACUGCCCUCAAAAACCUCGAGGUGGGCAGCAACACCUUCAGCGGCCCCCUGCCUGACAGCUGGAGCGCUCUCUCCAACCUGCACCUGCUCGACCUGGCCAACGCGGGGGUGCGCACCCCGCCACCGGACUCAUGGGCAGCGCUCUCAUCACUGGAGAUCAUCUCCCUGCAGAACAACAACCUCACCGCGCCCUUCCCCACCUUCCUGCUGCAACUACCCAACAUCUCUGAUAUCAUGCUAUUCAACAACAGCCUAUAUGAUAGUCUGCCUGUCACCCUUUGGAAUCCCACCAAGCUGACCUUCAUCAUCACAUACCACCACCACCAGCAUCACAUACCACCACCACCAGCAUCACAUACCACCAUCAUCGCAUCACGUACCACCAUUAUCGCAUCACGUACCACACCCACCGCAUCACAUACCACCAUUAUCGCAUCACAUACCACCACAAUCGCAUCACAUACCAUCACCAUCGCAUCACAUACCACACCCAUCGCAUCACAUCCCACACCCAUCGCAUCACAUACCACACCCAUCGCAUCACAUACCACACCCAUCGCAUCACAUACCACACCCAUCGCAUCACAUCCCACACUCAUCGCAUCACAUACCACACCCAUCGCAUCACAUCCAACACUCAUCGCAUCACAUACCACACCCAUCGCAUCACAUACCAUCACCAUCGCAUCACGUACCACACUCAUCGCAUCACAUACCACACCCAUCGCAUCACAUACCAUCACCAUCGCAUCACAUACCACACCCAUCGCAUCACAUCCCACACCCAUCGCAUCACAUACCACCACCAUCGCAUCACAUGCCCACCAUCGCAUCACAUACCAUCACCAUCGCAUCACAUACCAUCACCAUCGCAUCCCAUACCACCACCAUCGCCCCAUCUCCAUCCAUCCCUGCCCCUUGUCCUCACCGCCCACCCAUCUUCCACAACCCCCCUGCCCCUGCCCCUCCUCCAGUGACGUCUCCUCCAACUACCUGAACGGGUCGGCUCCUCAGCUUCUUGCAGAGGUCACUCUUGAGUCGACUCAAAAGCCACUUGUUCCUAUCCCCCUCCCCCGCACCCGCCCCACCAGUGACGUGUCAUCCAACUACCUGAACGGGUCUGUCGCUCAGCCCCCUACUGGCCGCUCUGUUGAGUUCAGGUACUGCAUGCUGCCUUACCGCCCACAUUCACGUGCACUUCUCCUUCCGGUGCACUUCUCCUUCCGGUGCACUUCUCCUUCCGGUGCACUUCUCCUUCCGGUGCACUUCUCCUUCCGGUGCACUUCUCCUUCCGGUGCACUUCUCCUUCCGGUGCACUUCUCCUUCCGGUGCACUUCUCCUUCCGGUGCACUUCUCCUUCCGGUGCACUUCUCCUUCCGGUGCACUUCUCCUUCCGGUGCACUUCUCCUUCCGGUGCACUUCUCCUUCCGGUGCACUUCUCCUUCCGGUGCACUUCUCCUUCCGGUGCACUUCUCCUUCCGGUGCACUUCUCCUUCGCGUGCACUUCUCCUUCCGGUGCACUUCUCCUUCCGGUGCACUUCUCCUUCCGGUGCACUUCUCCUUCCGGUGCACUUCUCCUUCCGGUGCACUUCUCCUUCCGGUGCACUUCUCCUUCGCGUGCACUUCUCCUUCCGGUGCACUUCUCCUUCCGGUGCACUUCUCCUUCCGGUGCACUUCUCCUUCCGGUGCACUUCUCCUUCGCGUGCACUUCUCCUUCCGGUGCACUUCUCCUUCCGGUGCACUUCUCCUUCCGGUGCACUUCUCCUUCCGGUGCACUUCUCCUUCCGGUGCACUUCUCCUUCCGGUGCACUUCUCCUUCGCGUGCACUUCUCCUUCGCGUGCACUUCUCCUUCCGGUGCACUUCUCCUUCCGGUGCACUUCUCCUUCCGGUGCACUUCUCCUUCCGGUGCACUUCUCCUUCCGGUGCACUUCUCCUUCCGGUGCACUUCUCCUUCGCGUGCACUUCUCCUUCCGGUGCACUUCUCCUUCCGGUGCACUUCUCCUUCGCGUGCACUUCUCCUUCCGGUGCACUUCUCCUUCCGGUGCACUUCUCCUUCAGGUGCACUUCUCCUUCGCGUGCACUUCUCCUUCGCGUGCACUUCUCCUUCGCGUGCACUUCUCCUUCGCGUGCACUUCUCCUUCGCGUGCACUUCUCCUUCGCGUGCACUUCUCCUUCGCGUGCACUUCUCCUUCGCGUGCACUUCUCCUUCGCGUGCACUUCUCCUUCGCGUGCACUUCUCCUUCGCGUGCACUUCUCCUUCGCGUGCACUUCUCCUUCGCGUGCACUUCUCCUUCGCGUGCACUUCUCCUUCGCGUGCACUUCUCCUUCGCGUGCACUUCUCCUUCGCGUGCACUUCUCCUUCGCGUGCACUUCUCCUUCGCGUGCACUUCUCCUUCGCGUGCACUUCUCCUUCGCGUGCACUUCUCCUUCGCGUGCACUUCUCCUUCGCGUGCACUUCUCCUUCGCGUGCACUUCUCCUUCAGGUGCACUUCUCCUUCGCGUGCACUUCUCCUUCAGGUGCACUUCUCCUUCGCGUGCACUUCUCCUUCACCUUCGGGUGCACUUCUCCUUCGGGUGCACUUCUCCUUCGGGUGCACUUCUCCUUCAGGUGCACUUCUCCUUCAGGUGCACUUCUCCUUCAGGUGCACUUUUUGAGGAGAAAUGCUUCAGGUGCUGUGAAAUCUUUCUGA